AUGUGGCCAACGUUUAGGGUAAAAUUGAUUUUUGCACUCGUAAUUUGUACUGAAAUGCACAUAUAUGUCAGAGCUGAGUGGAACAGUUCCGAGACAACCGAUUUUCAAACAAAACCGGAACAGCAGACCUACGGUUUAUAUAUUGAACGGUUAGAAAAUGUAAUUCAGAAGCAAUUCACCAUCAUUGAAAAUCUACAAAAAGUUGUGAGUCAACAAGGCAAUCGCAUUGGACGCUUGGAAAACAUCUCCCGGAACAACGAUGGAAAUAAUCAAGCAACAAGCAGAGAGAGCAGUGUACAUCUAUCUCAGCGCAUUGAUAACGCUAUUACACACAAAGGGAGUACUAUGUCAACGCGACUUCUAACACCAGGUCAGUAUAACAUAGCAUUUCACUCUUACUUGGCUUCCAACUUGCUAUACCAGUCUAAAGGUUCGACAGUCAUUUUUCAAAACACGGGACUUAACGUCGGAAACCAUUACAACCAACUGACUGGAAUCUUCACCGCACCCGUACAAGGAAUAUUCGUGUUCACGUGGACAAUUACUGUAACAGACGAAAGUAAUAUAAACACAGAGCUCGUGAGAAAUAUGGAGUCUAUUGGAGCCAUAUACACUAGUGCUGUCGGUGUUAAAAAUGCCAGAACAAGUACUGGUGUGGUGGUUAGUGACGUCACCAACGGGGACUUUUUGUACGUUCGUUUCAGCACAAUAAAUUACAGUAGAGGAGAAAUAAUUAGCGUGCCUUCCUGUAAAUCGACAUUUUCUGGGUGGAGGCUUUUUUGAUUUUGAAAUGUUCAU